AUGAACGUCGAGGAAGAGGUGUUUCGCAUUCAGAAAAAGCUGGGCAAAAUGACUUCCCAGUCGGAUGGAUCGGGUCAAGAGCAAGCGCUUGAUUUGUUGCGCGAGUUGCAACGAUUGAAUAUUGAUCUGGAUAUACUGACGAAAACGCGCAUCGGCAUGACAGUGAACGAGUUGCGCAAGUGCAGCAAGGACGAUGAGGUGAUUAGCUUGGCCAAAUCGCUUAUCAAGAGCUGGAAACGUUUUCUUGCCGGUACGCCACCGUCGAAAGACGGUUCGAAGGAAUCGUCCAAGUCGUCCGGCAAAUCAUCGAGCAAAUCGAGUAGCAAAUCGUCCGACGGUGGCAGCACUGGAACGGGGGGCGGUGGUGCUAAUGGUGAGAAAGCAAACAGUGGAAGCGGUGGAACGGGGGGUGUUGGUGGCAACAAGAAGGAUUACGAUCGCGAGAAGGAAAGCAAAUCGAAAGCACCUCCCUCCGGCGGUAUGUCGUCGCAGUCCAGCAGCAAUACGACCGAUGCGGUGCGGUUGAAAUGCCGUGAAAUGUUGGCGAACGCGCUGCGCGUUGAUGGUGAACCGCCGGAGGGCUGUCAGUCACCGGAAGAGCUCGGCGAAGAGUUAGAAGAGGCCAUCUUUGUCGAGUUUAAAAACACGGACAUGCGCUACAAGAACCGUGUUAGAUCGCGCGUUGCCAACCUUAAGGAUCCGAAAAAUCCUAGCCUGCGGGCAAACUUCAUUAGCGGCGCUAUCACUGCCCAGCGGCUCGCCAAAAUGACAUCGGAGGAGAUGGCAAGCGAUGAGAUGAAGCAUUUGCGCGAUCGUUUCGUGAAGGAGGCGAUCAACGAUGCACAGCUGGCGACGGUGCAGGGCACCAAGACCGAUCUGCUCAAGUGUGGCAAGUGCAAGAAGCGCAACUGCACGUACAACCAGCUGCAGACGAGAAGCGCUGACGAACCUAUGACCACGUUCGUCAUGUGCAACGAGUGUGGCCACCGUUGGAAGUUCUGCUAG